GUAUCUCCAUUGAAAACAAACAUUGCAAAUUUGUAAUUGUAAACAAACUUUAGGCCGCAAGUAAAGUAGUUAUAAACAAUGAAAAAUAAGAGAUUAAUGCAUCCGCGGAAUAUUUUCCGAACGCCGCCAGAUUACACAGCAUUAGCAAUCAAAUACAAAGACUUUCGUAAAGUUUGCAAGCUGGAACUUAAUGGCAAGGUGUACAUAGAUUAUCGCAAUGAAGCCACAUUGCGCGCGCUCACACAAAUGCUAUUGGAAGAGUUCUUUCAGCUGCAUGUCGAAUUUGCACCUGGCAGUCUUGUGCCUACACUGCCGCUACGUUUGAACUACAUACUCUGGCUGGAAGACCUGAUCACGUUACUUAAAUUGCCUGUAGAAACAGUAAUACGCGGCAUAGACAUAGGCUGUGGAUCUUCCUGCAUAUACUCACUCUUGGCAGCGCGUAAAAAUGCCUGGCACAUGCAUGCGCUCGAGUCAAAUGAUGGCAAUCUCACAUAUGCAGAGAGAAAUGUGGAAGCUAAUCAACUGGCGCAGUUGGUGGACAUUUUUAAGCAGACUGAUAAGCAAAUAAUUUUCAAAGACUUCUUUAAUGCCAAACCAGAUGUUAACUUUCAUUUUUGUCUCUGUAAUCCGCCAUUUUACGAUUCUUCAUUACCAAAUCCGUUCAAUGCCAAAACAAGAAAUGAGGACAAACGUACACCGCCACACAAUUGUCAUACGGGUCAUAACGAAGAGUUGGCUUGUGAAGGCGGAGAAGUGCAGUUUGUUCAGCGCAUAAUUGAAGAUAGUGAGCUAUAUCCACAAAGCGUUUGCAUUUAUACAACAAUGCUGGGUCACAAAAGCAGUGUUGCGCGCGUUAUGGAGAUUUUGUCUAAGAAAUUAAUCACGAAUGUGUGUACUACGGAAUUUUGUCAAGGCAACACAACACGUUGGGGUAUUGCUUGGAGUUUUAGUAGUGAUUUCAAACUUCAUAAUGUAGUAAAUUAAAGUAAUUUUUAUAUAGUAAAAACUUUGUAUUCAAAAUUUUCUGACUUCAUUUUCUCUAAUACGUGUAUCACGUUACUUUUUGGUUUUUACCGAUAUUCCAACGGAUAAGAUAUCUGAUAUUUGUAACUGUCCUUUCCCGGACAAAAUUGUUAAAUUUCGAUAACGUAGAACUGGCUGUUAACGAUGGAGCAGACUUUCCAUUGCCCGACUAUGAAGAAGUUCGAAUAGCAAUUACCCGUCUGCAGAACAACAAAGCAGCGGGAGCCAAUGCAUUGCCGGCCGAGCUAUUCAAACGGCGAAGAACUGAUGAAGAGCAUGCAUUCAUUUAUUUGUAAAACAUGGUCAGAUGAAAGCAUGCUCUGCUCAAUCCACAAACAGACAGAUCACACAAUCUGCGCUAACUACCGUGGGAUAAAUCUGUUAAACAUUGCCUAUAAGAUUCUAUCGAGCAAUACCCGCCGGUGGAGUCAGAGAAAGAGAAAUACCUCCACUCCGUUGGAAAGACCAGGCGGAGAAGGACCUGGCUUCGCUUGGAAGUUCCAAUUGACGCCACAUUGCAAAAAGAAAAUCGACUGGCCCGCUGUUUUUAAUUCGGCUUUAAUUGCGGUGCGGUGAAGAAGAAGGAGUUCUCCGCACGGUCUUUAUAGCCGUUUACUUGAGCGAUGAAUAUC